CAGAAACAUGUGGAGGGCCUAAUCACACUGUAAAGCACCCCAAUGUACAACGACAUCGAUACUCAUCAUACGACAUCCUCCAUCACUCAGCUCUCCGUCUCUAAUGGCAAUUGCAGCUGCUACUUCUCUUCCCUUCGGUUCUUCUCAUUGCCAUUCGUGCCAUUCAGAAAGGGUUUGUUGUUCUACAACAAAUGGGAUCUCAAACAGUUGGAUGAAACCUCCUUCUGAUGGUCGAAGAGCCCUUGAUCUUCCAGGCGUAAGUUUUAAUUGCAGGAAUCCUUUACUUGGAUCAACCCAAUUCCACUGGCUGUCUAUUGGACAUGACCUUUGCCUUUCCAAAGUUUUGGUUGCUGCAGAUUACUCAGAUUCUGUUCCUGAUUCCUCUAGUUAUAUUACUAACCAAGGUUAUCAUCCUCUUGAAGAAGUGAAAGUCUGCAAAAUGGUCCGGGACAAACUUACUUCUGCUGAAAUAGCACGAACAACAGUUGAGGCGAACUGCAGUGCUUUGCUGGUGUUCCCGGGGAAGAUACACUGUGAACCACAUGAACAAAUUUCCUGGGCUGAUUUUGAAUAUGUUAUCGACGACUAUGGAGAUUUAUAUUUUGAAAUUUUUGAUGAUGCAAACUUGUUAGAGGAUCCUGCAGCAAGUAACCCUGUGAAUGCUUUGUUUGGGAUGGAUAUCCCUACAUAUGAUGAUGGAAGAAUAGCUGGUGAGUUCAACAUUCUAGGUGGUGGAAAUAGUGAUGAAAGCCCUUUUGAUGAUGAUUAUCUCGAGGUUGUAGAAUCUGAAGUUUCUGAUGUUCUAGACUGGGGGUUGCCAGAUACUUCUAGCUCGAUUCAUCCUAUUUAUUUCGCGAAGUGCUUGACAAAGGUCAUCAACAUCGAAUACCAUAAAAAAAUGGAUCAUCCAUUAAAUGGCGUCUCUAUUUUAGGAUGCCUCAGACCUGCUUUUGCUGAUGAAGAAUUCUAUGUAAGAAGACUAUUUCAUUAUGAAGAUAGCGAUGGAUACAACUCGGACUGGAAAGAUGGAAAAAGUUUGAGCCUUAGUUCCAAAAGUGAUCGAAGCAAGACCUGCUCUACUCUCUACAGGUUGGAGAUAAUGAGAAUAGAGUUGUUCUCUGUAUAUGGUGUUCAGUCUACAAUUAGUUUGGAAGAUUUUCAAGAUGCAGAACCUGAUGUUCUUGUAAACGCCACCUCGGAAAUUGUAGAUCGCUUCAAUGAAAGAGGUAUUAGGUGUGAUGUUGCUCUUAAAGCUUUAUGCAAAAGGAAAGGACUUCAUGUUGAGGGAGCUCAUUUGAUUGGGGUUGACAGUCUUGGAAUGGAUGUUAGAGUCUUCUCAGGGUUGGAAGUACAAACUCAUCGUUUUCCCUUCAAAGUCCGGGCUACAUCUGAAGUUGCAGCUGAAAAACAGAUUCAGCAACUUUUGUUCCCACGUUCUCGCCGUAAAAAGUUGAAAAGUCAGGGGCAUAAUUUUAGGGGCGUCGAGUUAUACUAAUUCUCUCACUGUGCUACUGGGAAGGAAUAUUUUCAGAAUAAACAUCAGGCUUGAAUGAGGGGGCAUUUACUUAUUUGUACGUUAGCCUUGAUCCUGUACAGAUGAUCAUUUUUCAUUUUUCGUUGUUGUUUUAAACAGUUUUGGAAAGAAACAAUAAGCUUGCAAGCUUGAUAGGAGAGAAUCUUCUUUCUGCUAGAAUGUGUUUGGUGAUAGAAAAUAAGAACAUGAUAAUCUGUAGCUCCUUUGACCUGGAAAUGUACUUCUAAUUUCACAAUUUUAGUGAUGCUGUAUUAACAAGCUGCCUUGUAUUGUUUCGUUUUGAGAAAAGAAAUUGUUUGCUUA